AUGGCUACUCCACCAUCACCGCCUCCUCCUUCCGAAAAUAUCAAAUACUUCUCGCAGCAUCCGCAAAACACCUGGGACCUGAUCGAGUACCUCGAGUGGUGUCGAAAGCUAGGCGAUUACGAGCACGACGUCGCGUUGUCCAGAUGGGUACGGUCGCUGGAAUCGAUCGCCAACGACCCGGCCGAAAGCGAGGACCGCCGUGCCAAGGCACAGAUCCUCCGCGAGAAAUACAAGCGACGCAGCGAAAAGGAUCGUGCCCGGCAAUGGCUCGCUCCCGAAAACUCGGGCACCGGAGGGAAAGAUGGGAAAAAACCGAAAAUUACCAUUUUCAAAAACAAAGGGUCGUUCAUCAAUGCCAUCAAUGCUGGCAAUGAUGUCCAUAUCGGUCAUAUUGAAACUAGUAAGACGCCGAAGAGGCCACUUGAUAAUGCCGUUGGAGAUGGUAGAUCUGGAGGCUCUGCUGACACUAAACGUCCAAAGAGCAAAAAUUCCCCGGACGAUGUCAUGGAUGAAAGUUCACUCGAUGGGGCAUUUAAACUUUUUGAGUCUACCUACAAGCAGCAUCCAUCGUCCGAUCAGGAUGAGUUGGUAAAAACCAUAAUUCAUAACGCCGUGACCGAUCACUACCAGAAUGGGUCUGCCUGGUUGACUAAAGACAGUCCUAUUCUUUCGUGGAUAAUUGAUCUUAACGAUCCUGAGGUGACUGGGUGGUUUUUGGACAAAGAGUUUGCAGAGCUGCGGGACCGGAUGAAAGCCUUACCAUCACCUGAUGGGCACUUUGCCUACUCAGUCAAUCGGUUUGCCAAGGCAAAGACAGCUGAAGAGUACCAAACAAUUCUCGAAAUGGUUCCCUGCAGGCUACCGGACGUGGCGUAUGACCGUACAAGACAUUUCGAUGCUACAUGGGUUAACUUUGUUAUCCAAGCAAUGCUCGCGCUCUUUGGCUGCUACGGCAACUUGGAUUCAUGCUGCAACUUUCGGGAAGGCUGGUUCGACUCCAACAUUUGGGCUCCUCUCAUUGAUCACUGCCUCCUUGGCCUCGAUGGUGUGGUCGUGCAACGAAAGGAAAUCAAAUGCUUUGCCCUCAAACUCAUUGGCAACAACAACUUGCGCUACGAUGCCAUCAUUCACACGGCCAGAGACUUUGCCCCGAUCGAGUACGCUGCGAUAGAGGUGUCGAGGAGUAUCGAGAACGAGGAGAGUCUGCCAGCGAAGAAAUACGUGUCUGAUAGCACUAAAUUGGUCACUGGAAUGCAUUCCAUGCUACGACGUCUCCACAUGCUCGUUGAUCGCGACGAGGAAGCGAUCAAGGAUUUGCAAGUUGUUGGAAUGCUGAACGAAGGCCUCAAUAUGCAAAUCCUGCGCAUGACUGGGCUCCCUGGCGGCUUAUUUCUUUUAUCACGGGGCGCAGUGCGAAGCGUCCCCACCAAUAUCGGGGAUCUAGGGUCUAUCUUCCCAUUGAUGAACAGUAUCGGCAUGUUCAAGGUUGGCGCUCUCCCCGGCUCUUGUCAAUCCUUGCAUAACCAUCCUUCUCACACUAUCCGUCUCCAGGCCAUUAUCCGGGAGUCCAUCGCUGUUGUCCAGCAGUACAAGGCGAAGAAAGCAGCCAAGAAAGACGAUGCUGGCGACCUAUACCAGCAGCUGAUGGGGCAGAAUGAGCUCUAG